AAAACCAGAUCGUCGAUAGGUUGAUUAGGGAUGAUGACGAGAGCCCUGGAGAGAAGAGGAGUGAGGCAUUACAACAGAUCUGAAACGCCUCGCAUCAGAUGGACUCAAGAGCUGCAUGGCCUCUUUAUUGAAGCUGUUCAUAGCCUUGGAGGACUCGAAAAAGCAACUCCAAAGCAAAUUUUGCAGAUGAUGGGAGUGAAGGAACUCAACAUAUCUCAAGUUAAAAGCCACCUGCAAAUGUGCAGGAUCACCAACAGCCAAUCCACAAUCGAUUAUAACUCUCAAUCUAAGCAAAAACACUCCAGAAAGAGAAAGGGAAGGGCCUACACUUCAUCACCACUUUACUCUCAAGAUUCACACCAAAACUCUACCUUCAACUCCAACUGCAUGUUCCAACUGCCUUCAUUUGAACAGUUGAUGAGCGAGUGGAUGUUGAAGAACCCUAGUAAUCACACAAAUGAGACUGUGGCUGCGAAGGAGAUGGAUGAACAGAAUGCAGCAACGAAAGAGGAGACUGAGUGCUGGGCCACUAGCUCGAGUGCAGAUGUGCAUGAAAGGGAUGUUUCAGAGACAAGGAGUAGAGAUUUCUGCCAACACCUGAACUUGGAGCUCACCAUAUCAUCUUCUUGUUCUUGUCCAUGUGCACUGCUGUAGCAGGCAUAAAUGGUUGAAUUCAUGAUACACAGCAAUUGCUGCUACCUAACUAACUAGCUCAGAUUGCGAAGA